GAAAUACCUUGCAAUCCCAUCAGUUAUUUCUGCAAUCUAUGCUGCCACAAAUGUUGAGAAAUUGACAUGUCCGCGUUUUGGAUACACAAUCGAAUUUAGAUGCCGUAAGUGAUCCACUUAUCAAAAUAAAGUCGGAAAACGUGUGAAAAGAUGUGAGACAUUUGUAAGUGGAUUGUGUAAUUUUUUAAAUAAACAUUAGGAAUUGAUAAGAUAAUGGAAUAAAUGGAGAAAGAUAACAUCGGAUACAGAGCAUAUGACAAAAAUAAGAAUGAACAAAGAAAUGCCACUGAGUGUAGAAUGGAUACCACAAAACACAUACACCCAUAAUUCUUUAGAUCAUUUGCUACCGGGAGACCGAAAUCAGAACAAUUUUGUAUUCAUAAAGCAGGAAACAGAUUUCUUUGAGAACGCAUUAAAUUCACAACUUGUACCAAAGACAGUCAUGUGUUUACAAGUGCCAUCUAAAGAAAAAGACAAGGAAAUUAAGCAACAGAACAGUUGCUCAGAUAUGCCAGUAACACCAUGUCAAGCAGAUUCUUCAAGUCAAUCGCCCAAAAAAUUGACUGAUGUGUCCAAGAGAUCGUACAGCAGAGCCUGCAUUGAUGUGAUAGAGAUGUUAGUGGAAUCGGUAUCCGACUACAAGUAUCUUUUCAUUUACGAAGAUCAACUCUCCAAGUUUACUGUGCUAAAAGCUCUCCGUAGCAAUACAGCCAAAGAAGUCGCAGCAAAACUGUUAGAUGUAUUGGCGAUUAUAGGAGCACCGCAAGUGCUCCAGAGCAGGAAUGGACGUAUGUUUGCUGAGCAAGUUGUGCGUGAGCUACGUUCGCUGUGGAAUGAUUUCUUGAUAUUUCACGGAGAUGCAUCCAAGUGUGAAGUUAGCUGCAGAGAUUUUAAGAGCUCGCUUGAAUCCUGGAUGAGAAAAAAUCCGACUAAGAGUUGGCACGAGGGACUGAACUCUCUGCAAAUUCUUCACAACUCGACUUACCGUUGCCAGAACGGCAAAUUUCCGUGCGACGUAUUAUUCAGACGAGAUGUGCGCGAGAGCUUUCAGAGUGCGGAGAAAGACGCGGCGGGUCUAUGGACGGAGGAAGAGUGGCUCGAAUAUUUAUCAAGUAAAAAAGAUACGGUAACGGCGAAUAACAUGCAGAGCACGUCGGAUAAUGUUAAAUAUUCCGAGGAAAACAAACGUGCACAAGACAAUACACAAAGCCAGAACGCAUCAUCUAGGGAGGACAAUAUAAAUGGCUUUAGUUUCGUCAAUGUACAGAACGAAAUUCUCACGAGCAAUACGCGCGCAAUUGAUUCAUCGUGUACAGACAACGUGGACAGAAAGGAAUUUCAAUCGAAAAUUGCCGAGGAUGCUCAAUCUCUAAAGUGCAAGUACUGCCAGAAGCGAUACAUCAAACUGGGACACUUGAAGAACCACAUGAGAGUCCACAAGGCAGAACGGGUUCUGCGAUGUAAAUUGUGCAAUAAAACGUUCAGCGUUGUUAGAUUGUACGCGAAGCACAUGAAGCAGUCGCACGGGCAGGAUAAAUUGCCCGACAAGGAGGAGAAAACGUCGAUCAAUACCAGAAAUACCAGGAGCGACACCGAUUCGAUGACAACAGUACCUAAGUCUGAGAAGGAGAAGUCCGAGAAGGAAGCGACGCAUCGAGUAUCCGACAUUGAGACCGCGAACGAAGAUCGCAACGCGUCAUUAGAUGUAAAGGAUUCGUGUAGCAAGGCCAGCAAAACCUCGAGUCAGACCGGCAGGCGGAAGUCGUCCGCGGAGAGUCACGUUCCGAAGAUGCAGUCCGCGUUGCAGUGCAUGUAUUGCAAGCAGAAGUUCAGUUUCCCCAGCGUGCUGGAGAGGCACAUGCGUUCUCACACGAACGAGCGGCCGUACGUGUGCGAGGUGUGCAACAAAAGCUUCAAACAGCUGGGCCAUCUCAGCCAGCACUCGCUCACGCAUCACGAUUACCGCUCGUUCCAGUGCACGGUGUGCGCCGUGAAGUUCGAUUCGCUGGACUCGCUGAAGCAGCACACCUCGCACUCGCAUAGGGGUGAUGCCGCGACCACGACGGCGGCGACGACGGCGAAGAUCCGCGACGUUUACCGCCUGUUCGAGUGCGACAAUUGCAAGAAGGUGUUCACGACGAAGAGCGUGCUGGAGCGCCACAUAUUCACGCACACGCAGGAGCGUCAAUUCGACUGUAAGGUGUGCGGCAAGCGUUUCAAGCAGGCCGGCCACGUGAAGUCGCACAUGCUGGUACACACGGGCGAGCGUCGCUUCCAGUGCACCGUGUGCUCGAAGCGCUUCAGCCUCUCGAACUCGCUGAAAAAGCACAUGUACGUGCACAACGGCGAGAAGCCGUACCAGUGCGACGUGUGCGGCGCACGUUUCCUGGAGAAGCGUAAUCUCAAUGGCCACCUGCUGACGCACACCAACGAGCGCCCGUACUGCUGCAAGAUCUGCGGUAAGCGGUACACCCUGGCGGACACCCUGCGCCGUCACGUGAGCGCCGCGCAUGAGGACGGACGCACCUACCAGUGCGAGAUUUGUGCUAAAAUGUUCAAACAGCUGGCACAUUUAUCGGUGCACAAGAAGGUGCACAACGACGAGCGACCGUUCCAGUGUCACUUGUGCGAGAAGAACUUCAAGCACAAGAAUGUCCUGAAAUCGCACCUGGCAAUUCACGCAAAUGUGCGACCGUUCGAGUGCGACGUGUGCAAGGCCACGUUCGUCAGGAAAACGAAUUUGCAGACGCACAUCUCGUCCGCACACAUGAACGAGCGCCCGUACGUCUGCACCAUUUGCGGUAAGCGAUUUAAGCAGAUCAGCCAUCUGAACGGCCACGUGGUCGUGCACAGUAAUCUCAUGCCCUAUAAGUGCGAUUAUUGCGAUCGCCGGUGCAACCGUCUGGAUAACCUGAAGAAACAUAUGCGCCUCCAUACGAAGAACAAAGAGUGAGAAAAACAUGGAUUAAUGACUUUUCUGAUUAAGAACUUUUCAAUUAAGAAAAUUGCUGAAAAGUUAUAAUUUUUUGAUUAACACGAAUUGAGAUUUUCGUAUCAAACCUUCGUUUACACAGAAUUGAAUUCAUAUCUUUUAGAUGAGUGCUGUUUAUACAUAAGUGUUAAUAUCGAAUAUGAGAUUUGAGGUAAUUAUUUAAGUUUCAUCGAAUUAUUGGCUGCAUCGAAAUUUUUGAGAGAAUAUACAGAAUCUUAUAAUUGUUUAUUAAAUUAUUCAAGUAGUAAAAGAAUUUUGAUGCGCAUGGAGAGCACUGUACAUAAUAAUAUUCUUUUUUUAUCCGACGUUAUUGCUUCCACGUUGCUUCACAGAUCAUGAAAGGUCGCUUGUAUAUAUAACUUAUAUUUUAACAUCAUUAAUUACGUUUAAUAAUUAGUAAUUACUGUCGUAAUUUUCUAUAUACACAUGGUAUAUAUUUUAAUUAUAGUAACGUUCCCCGAACAUCUUUUUUAUAUGUAUUGUAUAUAUUAUGCGAGAGAUAUGUGUAAAAUUGUAUAAUAUAUUUAAGUAUAAUUAAGUACUAUACAUGUGAAAUCGUAUAAUACUUCUGUACUAAAUUUUAAUAUUAACUGAUAUUAUGGCGAUAUUAAAAAUAUCUAUUUUACUUUCAUCGGUUGGUGAUAUACAUUAUAUAAGCUAUGAUUUUUAUAUUUAUAUACACUAUAAAAUAUAUUGAAAUACACAAGACGUAUGUGGAAAUAUAUAUUCCAUAUAAAAGAAUUUUUACGAUGUAUAAGAAAAUUGUCUUUCAUAUAGUACAUAUUUAAAACUGACAAUUAUCCAAUAGUAAAUGAUUAGACAAUACAACAGGUUAUUUUUUAAAAAUAAUUUGUAAGAAACUCUUAGUGUUCUAUCAUCCUGUAUUUGCAAAGAGAGAAACUUUUAAAUCAGAAACAAUAUUUUAUCACAAUUAUUCAUUGUGCAAUUAAUUAUUUUAAUCAAAGUUUUUAAUGAAUUUCUAUACAACAUUGUUAUGACAUUUUGUAUAUAAUAUAUAUAAAGUUAUAAUCGGAAAAAUUAAUUCCAAAAUUGAAGAAUUAAAAACUUUUAUUGUACACUUCAGUUCUAUUCAUUCUUCACUAUCAAUUUUAAGCAUGAAUUUGAAUAUUUACAUUUAAUAGGUAUGUUGUUUUUUUUUAAUUUAAAUUUCUAAGUAAAUUUAUCACAAAAUUGAAAAGUUGAAUCUGACUUAUUAUUAGUUCACAAAAUUUGUAUCUGAAGCAUUAAACUUACAUUCACAUUAAAUUUACAUUUAAUAGGUAUAUUGUUUUUUAAUUCAUAAUUUGUAUCUGAAUUGAACUUUUGAACAUUAAAUUAUGUAGUAUCAAAUUAUUGAAUAAAAAGUAUAGUGUAUAAUAUACAUUA